ACAUCACAGACCUAUUCAACUCAGUUUCCUCCCGCGCGUGCGCCGCGCUCAACGUGUUGUGUGAACCCCAAGCUGGAAACACGAACUGAAGAAAAAACGGACAGUGUAGACCACCAAGAUGGGGGCGAUGUUCCGGAGCGAAGAGAUGGCUCUUUGCCAACUCUUUAUUCAGCCUGAGGCGGCGUACACCUCCGUCUCGGAGCUGGGCGAAGCUGGCACUGUACAGUUCAGAGAUCUGAACCCAGAAGUGAACGCUUUCCAACGUAAAUUCGUGAACGAAGUGCGUCGUUGCGAUGAAAUGGAACGCAAACUCCGGUACAUCGAAGCUGAAGUUCACAAAGACAAGGUGCCCGUACCACAGGUCAAGGAUAUGCCUCGUGCGCCCAAUCCUCGAGAGAUCAUCGAUUUGGAGGCGCACCUGGAAAAGACCGAAAAUGAAAUCCUCGAAUUGUCGCACAACGCCAUCAACUUGAAACAAAACUAUUUGGAGUUGACCGAAUUGAAACAUGUCCUCGAAAAGACCGAAGCUUUCUUCGCUGCCCAAGAAGAAAUAGGAAUGGACUCCUUGACAAAGUCGCUGAUAUCCGAUGAGACUGGUCAGCAAGCCGCCACACGAGGUCGUUUGGGCUUCGUGGCUGGCGUGGUACAGCGGGAGCGUGUACCUGCAUUCGAACGUAUGCUGUGGCGUAUUUCACGUGGAAACGUGUUCCUACGCCGCGCCGAGCUUGAUAAGCCUCUUGAAGAUCCCAACACUGGUAACGAGAUCUACAAGACGGUUUUUGUCGCGUUCUUCCAAGGAGAACAACUCAAGUCUCGGAUCAAGAAGGUAUGCUCCGGAUUCCACGCUUCGCUGUACCCGUGCCCACCGUCCAACACUGAGCGGCAGGACAUGGUCAAGGGGGUCAGGACUCGUCUUGAAGAUCUUAAUAUGGUCCUGAACCAAACUCGCGAUCACCGACAGCGUGUACUUGUCAGUGUGGCCAAGGAGUUGGCAAGUUGGUCAAUAAUGGUUCGCAAGAUGAAGGCAAUCUACCAUACUCUGAACUUGUUCAACAUGGAUGUCACUAAGAAAUGCUUGAUUGGCGAAUGCUGGGUGCCAACCGCUGACUUGCCGAAUGUGCAGAAAGCCUUGGCUGAUGGAUCUAACGCUUGUGGAAGUUCAAUCCCGUCUUUCUUAAACUGCAUCGAGUCUGACGAGGUUCCGCCAACAUUCAACCGUACGAACCGCUUUACGCGUGGAUUCCAGAACCUUAUUGACGCUUACGGUGUCGCCUCUUACAGGGAAUGCAAUCCUGCACUCUACACUAUAAUAACAUUCCCGUUCCUCUUCGCCGUGAUGUUUGGAGACUUGGGCCACGGCUUGAUUAUGGCAAUGUUCGGCGCCUGGAUGGUCAUCAAGGAAGUAUCCCUCUCGGCGAAGAAAACGAGCAACGAAAUCUGGAACAUAUUUUUCGCCGGUCGCUAUAUCAUCUUACUCAUGGGCCUUUUCUCAAUGUACACUGGUCUCGUUUACAACGAUAUAUUCUCUAAAUCGAUGAACAUUUUUGGAUCAUCAUGGUAUGUUCCAUACAAUGAAAGUACACUUGAGCACAAUAAAGCACUUUCUAUGAAUCCUACAGAAUCAUAUAUUGAUACGCCGUAUUUCAUUGGUAUUGAUCCUAUAUGGCAGACUGCCGAAAACAAAAUUAUUUUCUUGAACUCUUACAAAAUGAAACUGUCCAUCAUUUUUGGUGUCGUCCAUAUGAUCUUUGGGGUCUGCAUGAGUGUCGUCAAUUACAACUUCUUCAAGCGCCGCUACUCCAUCUUUCUGGAGUUUCUCCCACAAGUGGUGUUCCUGUGUCUCCUUUUCUUGUACAUGGUCUUCAUGAUGUUUUUCAAAUGGGUUGCAUACAGCACAUUGUCUGAGGAUGAAGCCUACACUCAAGGCUGCGCGCCAUCCGUCCUGAUUCUAUUCAUCAACAUGAUGCUGUUCUCAAGAACGGCUCCGGAAGCGGGCUGCAAGGAGUUCAUGUUUGAAGGGCAAGGGACCAUUCAACGGGUGUUUGUGCUCGUUGCGCUCUGCUGUAUACCUGUCAUGUUAUUGGGCAAGCCUUUAUACCUCCUGUCUACAAAGAAGAAGCAUGUUAAGCCUGAGCAAUCUAACGGUAACGUGAACCAGGGUAUUGAACUGCAAGAACAAACUGACAUCGGAGAAGUGCAGCCAAAGCCCCAGCCACAGUCGUCCGGCGGACAUGACCACGACGACGAGCCGUUCAGCGAAAUCAUGAUUCACCAAGGCAUCCACACGAUAGAAUACGUGCUGAGUACCAUCUCUCAUACAGCCUCCUACCUUCGACUGUGGGCUUUAUCUCUUGCUCAUGCAGAAUUAUCAGAAGUACUAUGGAACAUGGUGCUAACUUUCGGUCUGAAGGACCACAACUACGUGGGUGCUGUCAAACUGUACGUAGCAUUCUUCUUCUGGGCGUUCUUCACGCUCGCCAUCCUCGUCAUGAUGGAGGGUCUGUCUGCAUUCUUGCACACAUUGCGUUUGCAUUGGGUGGAAUUCAUGAGUAAAUUCUACGCAGGUCUGGGUUACAUAUUCCAGCCAUUCUGCUUCAAGACUAUCCUCGAACAAGAGGAUGAGGAAUAAAUUAAUAAUUAUAAUUUAUAAACAAAUCUUAUGUAGAUUGCAACAGUAUUGGCAUAUAAUUUGUAUGCAAAUAGGUGCAAAGGUCACAAUGCAUAGUUGUUAAAAUAAAAUAUAUUUGUGCAUGUU